AUGGCUGGCGCUCGGGCCGCCGCUGCUGCCUCGGCGGGGCCCUCGAAUUCUUCGGGCAGCCCACAACCACAGGAGCCAGGACUCGGGGAGCUGCUGGAGGAGUUCUCCCGGACUCAGUACCGGGCCAAAGACUGCAGUGGGACGGGCGGCUCUAAGGUUGAGCGCAUUGAGAAGAGGUGUCUGGAGCUGUUUGGCCGAGACUACUGUUACAGCGUGAUUCAGAACGUGAAUGGGGAUAUCUGCGGCCACUACCCACAGCACAUCGUGUUCCUGGAGUAUGAGAGUUCUGAGAAGGAGAAAGACACGUUUCAGAGCACCGUGCAAGUGAGCAAAUUGCAGGACCUUGUCAACCGCAGCAAGACAGCCAGGUGCAGAGGACGGUUUGUCUGCCCGGUGAUCCUGUUCAAGGGCAAGCACAUUUGCAGGUCAGCCACACUGGCUGGAUGGGGGGAGCUGUAUGGACGCACUGGCUACAACUAUAUUUUCUCAGGGGGUGCAGACGACGCCUGGGCAGAUGCAGAGGAUCUCACGGAGGAGGACUGUGCUGUUCGAAGUUCCGACACGCAUCUCUUUGAUAAGGUCAGAGGCUAUGACAUCAAGCUGCUCCGGUACCUGUCAGUCAAGUACAUCUGUGAUCUGAUGGUGGAGAACAAGAAGGUGAAGUUUGGCAUGAAUGUUACCUCCUCCGAGAAGGUGGACAAAGCACAGCGCUAUGCCGACUUCACUCUCCUCUCCAUCCCGUAUCCAGGCUGUGAAUUUUUCAAGGAAUAUAAGGAUCGGGAUUACAUGGCUGAAGGGCUCAUUUUUAACUGGAAGCAGGACUACGUCGAUGCCCCUCUGAGCAUCCCUGACUUCCUGACUUGCUCUCUGAAUAUUGACUGGAGCCAGUAUCAGAGUUGGGACCUGGUGCAACAAACACAAAACUACCUGAAACUGCUGCUUUCCAUAAUUAACAAUGACGACGAUAGCGGGCUGCUGGUGCACUGUAUCUCAGGCUGGGACCGGACCCCCCUCUUCAUCUCUCUCCUGCGCCUUUCCUUGUGGGCUGACGGGCUCAUCCACGCAUCCCUGAAGCCUGCUGAGAUCCUCUACCUCACAGUGGCCUAUGACUGGUUCCUCUUUGGGCACAUGUUGGUAGAUCGACUCAGCAAAGGAGAGGAGAUUUUUUUCUUCUGCUUCAAUUUUUUGAAGCAUAUCAUCUCUGAAGAGUUCUCUGCUCUGAAGACACACAGGAGGAAGAGUUUGCCAGCUCGGGAUACAGGCUUCACCGUGGAAGAUAUCUGCAUGCUGAGGCGGAAGGACCGUGGCAGCACCACCAGCCUUGGCAGUGACUUCUCUCUAGUCAUGGAGAGCUCCCCAGGAGCCGCCGGGAGCUUCACCUAUGAGACUGUGGAGCUGGUCCCUGCAGGAGCACAGACUCAGGCAGCUUGGAGGAAGAGCCACUCCUCCUCUCCACAGAGCAUGCUCUGGAACCGGCCACAGCCCUCUGAGGACCGCCUGCCUCCCCACCAGGGUCUGGUGGAAGCCAAGUCCUCCAGCUCCUCAUCCUCGAACCAUUCUGACAACUUUUUCAGGAUGGGUAGCAGUCCCCUGGAGGUCCCCAAGCCCAGAUCAGUGGACCAUCCCCUGCCCGGAUCCCCUCUCUCCACAGACUUUGGCAGCUGGCAGAUGGUAACAGGCUGUGGCAGUAUUCAGGAACGGGCUGUCCUGCACACAGACUCCUCUCUCCCUUUCAGCUUCCCGGAUGAGCUCCCUAACAAUUGUCUACUUACAGCCCUGAGUGAACGAGAGACCCGGCUACAGGAGGUGCGCUCAGCCUUCUUGGCUGCAUAUAGCAGCACAGUGGGGCUUCGCGCAGCAGCCCCCAGUCCCUCUGGUGCCAUCGGUGGCCUGCUGGAGCAGUUUGUCCGUGGCGUUGGACUCCGGGGCACCAGCAGCAGCACCUUAUGA